CUUGGAACACCUUAUCGUCAUGGCUGUACCACUUGCGCCACUUAUUCUGCUACUCAUCCUGGGUUGUCCCACUUGCAAGGCCUUCGAUGAGAAGCGGGUUCUAGGAAUGCUGAAUUUAGAACGCGAUCUCCUGCAGAUUCUGCGUGACUAUGCCGAAAAGCUGGAGGAAAAGAUAAGCCUUAUAAACAAUUCUUUGGAAGAGUACAUCGAAGAUAUAGACGAGGCCAACCAUUAUCCAGAAGAGUACCUUUCCAAUCCGCUAAAUGCCUUUCGAUUGAUUAGACACAUGCAUCAGGACUGGGUCAGUUGGCAGGUUUAUAUGGAGGAGCAGGUGGGCGCCGAGCAAAUAGCCAAAAUGGAGCUACUACUACCGCAACUCCCUAAAAAGUUGGCCUUUAAGGAAGCGGCCAAGGACGUCAAUAGUUUGAGCCAGUUCUACGACUUUGAACCCGCUGAUCUAGUAGAACAAAAUGAAUUCAAGAGUCCCCUGCAUCUUUCGCCUUUGGACUGCUAUCACUUGGGAUUGGAGCUGUAUGAGGAGCAUGAUUACCUGGGGGCAGCCAAAUGGCUCGAAGUGGCUGCCCAUAACUUUACCCACUCAAGGUACAGUGAUCUGUACGAUCUACUGGGAGCACCACGCUGGCAGGUCUAUCGAGAUCUGGCAAGGACCCUGUUCAAACUGAAUCGAGAAGGCGUAUAUGAUGCUUAUGGAUCAGCACUGUAUUUGAACUCCCAGAAUGUGCAUCUGAUACAGGAGUUUAGCCAGAUGGAGUUGUUUAGUCUGAGGGACCCCAUGGAACCCAUACUCCAUCCUGAACAAGAUCCCACCGGUCUGGAGAGCCAUUGUCGUGGCGAAUUUUACGCCCACAAGGCCGAGUUGCUGUGCGAAUAUAAUAACUGGGUUGAUCCAUUCCUGGCAUAUGCUCCCUUAAAGUACGAAAUGCUUGCCCGGGAUCCCUACACCAUCAUUUAUCCGGACAGCAUUUUCGAAACGGAAAUACAGCACGUGGAGAACGCCUACGAACGCUGUCCACGAAAUGUCCAGUUCGAGCUUCAAAAGGGCGUCGUCGGGUGUUCCAUCUCCGAUGGAUACAGUCCGGUGAUGAAGCGCAUCAAAGAGCGAGUCUUGGACAUGACGGGAAUGGAAAAUUUUUGGGAAACCUUUUACAUAGUCGAAUACGACCAGUUGAAGACAUUCGAAGUCUUCAAUCUCUUCCGGAACACCAACAAGUUUCCCAAACUCAAAGUUUUCGAUUUGGAGGAUGUUGAGGCGACUGUAAUGAUAUUUCUUAAAGACGUUCCUUUGGGUGGGGCCAUAACCAUGCCAAAUGAAGGCAUUUUUGUGGAACCCAAAAGGGGAAGCGUGUUGAUCACACUGGAUCAUAAGGAACAUUCAACUACGGUGUGUCCAAAUAUCAUAGGCAAAGGAUUAGUUAUGAUAAAGUUUAUUUUAAAGAAAGAUGAAUGAGCGAUUGCGCUUUUGGAGCUGGGGAGACAUUUCACUUAUAUAUAGUGCAUAAAAUUGCCCUUAUAAGGCUCAAUAAAUACUUUAAACCAUC